UUGUUUGUGUGUGAGUCUAGUCUUCACGUUUGUGUUGACCUUAACUGAGAACUGAAGACUUGUAAACAGUUUUUGCUGUCUUUCUCUCUCUGUUUAACCGCACGGGGUUUGGACACCGAUAUUGUGACCGCGACUGUCUCUCGACCAUUGGAUAUGGGCAUCAAUUCAAGUACCCGUCGGGUUACUAUUGUUAACGAUAACCAAUCGGGAGUGAUUCGGAUAUCGGAAUCGGUGGUCAAAAAGAUAAGUCAACAACAACCACAACGAGAAGAAAACCGUUUGCCGGCCGCCUCUCAGGACAACCAAAGAGUUUCGCAAUCACUUCCACCACCGCAGCAACAAAUACCGCAGCAAACUCUGCCAAACAUUAGUGACUUAUCGCGAAACAACCAAUUUUUAUCCGGUUCUUACGCAACACGACAGGAGUACGAGGAAGAGGUCCAGCGAUUGGAGAAGACAUGGAAAGGACAGAUCAGUGAACUACAGAAACAAAAUAGACAAUUGUGGUCAACGGCCAACAGUAAACUGGAUACCAAUAUCACRGAAACAGAGACCAGAAUUAAUAAAACAAGAGGUGAACCAAUUUGUCGACAACAGGAGAGAUCAGUUGUCGACUGUUAUCAAUCGCAUCGUUCGCAGCCAUUGAAGUGCUCUCAAGAUGUGCGAAAUUUUGUCAGUUGUGUCCAAGAUGUACGUCGAGGUGUACUCAAUAGAAAUGGUUGAUAAUAAUUAUGGCUAUAAAUAGCGUGACAUUGUCUUUCAUCAAGCAUUUGAUGUAUUGAUUGACACAAAAAAUUUCUAAUUGCUAUAUCUAUGGAUAGCAACUUUGAUUUAAAAGAAAAAUUAUUUAGUAAAUAUGUGAAAAAAUUGUUAU